AAAAUGUCAGAACUAACGUUACUGUAUCUAAAAUAUUACUUUGUUUACGUUCAUCACGCAACCAAUCGUCUUGGAACACCGGGGGGCGCGACCAAUGGAAAAAAAGCCGCUGUAAAAGCGUAGGGCGGAAAUAAGGAGCGUCAAGUUAUCGGACAAAACUACAAUAAACAAAGAAACUAAUAAUAAUAAAAAAAAAAGACUUAUACGUCAUUAGACAUUUUGCAUGAAUGGAGAGGGCAUGGUAGUUCCCACUCUAACCGACUACAACCCAUUAUAUCUGUAUUGUUUCACUUUGAGUGAAAAUAUUAUCAUGAAAACGAUUAAGCUAGAGAGGCUGUAACGUAACAUGUUGCUAUCUUUCUAGUUUCCUUGCAAUAAAUCAGGCGAAUAUAUAAUUUAGAAAAAAAUACAAAACCAUAAACAAAGAUAAUCUACUCUGCCAUAAACUUGACGGUACGCCUUACUGUAGGCCAGGGAAAGUUGACCUUGAGUUUUAUUUUGACAACUAUAAACCGGAAGUGCAAUUCAAGUAGUCUGUCUCACUCGGACAUUGGUACAAAAAAAGAGCAGGAUGUAGCGGUACAUGUAUCGGGCUCGCUUCAUAUCAACCACCAGAAGUCAUUCUCUUUGUGUAUGUCGACGCGGUGAGUCGGGUUUUGGGAUGGGUGUUGUUAGGAUUGACAGCAGAGACGACUAACGUUUGAAAAAAUGUCCAACAUCCUCGAUGCGGCGUCCAAAAUCAAAUGGGACCGCACGGCUGCGGCGAAGCGAGCCGUGUUUCUUGCGGCUGCUGCUUACGGUAUCAAAACACUGUACCCCAUAAUCUGCAAGCAGCUCAGCAAAAACAAAGAUCCUAGGAAUCAUCGCCGGGUUUCAAAGGCGGAAAACGGCUCCACCUGUCUGGUAAAGACACAGACCUGUGCUGCCAAUCACAAGAAGACAUCUCCUGGGUUAAAUGCGGAAUUUUUCAAGCAGAUCCUCGCACUUGGUAAAAUCCUCUUCCCAAAGCUGGUGUCCAAAGAGCUCGGUUUGCUCUCCUUGCACUCGGUGGCGCUGAUAUCCAGGACGUUUCUGUCUAUUUACGUGGCCAGCUUGGACGGAAAGAUUGUCAAAACGAUAGUGGAGAAGGAGCCCAAGAGCUUCAUCAUCCAGCUGAUGAAAUGGCUCCUCAUUGCCAUCCCGGCCACGUUCGUCAACAGCGCCAUUCGGUACCUGGAGUGCAAGCUGGCUCUGGCCUUCCGCACCCGCCUGGUGAACCAUGCCUACCGGACCUACUUCACCGAUCAGACCUACUACCGAGUCAGCAACAUGGACGGGAGGCUCGCCAACCCGGACCAGUCUCUCACCGAGGACGUAAUGAUGUUUUCCCAGUCGGUGGCCCACCUCUAUUCUAACCUCACCAAGCCAAUACUGGACGUGAUGCUGACUUCCUACACGCUGAUACAGACCGCCAGGUCCAGGGGGGCCAACGCCAGUGGGCCUACCCUGCUGGCCGGCCUGGUGGUCUUUGUCACGGCUAAAGUCCUGCGUGCCUGCUCGCCCAAAUUCGGCAAGCUUGUGGCCGAGGAGGCUCACAGGAAAGGCUACCUGCGCUAUGUACAUUCCAGGAUCAUUGCAAAUGCUGAGGAAAUAGCUUUCUACAGGGGACACAAGGUGGAGAUGCGUCAGCUGCAGAAAUGCUACCAGGCUCUGGCGGACCAGAUGAACCUAAUCCUGUCCAAGCGUCUCUGGUACAUCAUGGUCGAGCAGUUCCUCAUGAAGUACGUGUGGAGCUGCAGCGGGCUCGUCAUGGUGGCCGUGCCCAUCAUCACAGCUACCGGCUUCGCUGACAACAAAACAGCAGACGGGCGCACGCAUGUGAUGGUAAGCGAGAGGACGGAGGCUUUCACCACCGCCCGUAACCUCUUAGCCUCAGGAGCCGACGCCAUCGAAAGGAUCAUGUCCUCCUACAAAGAGAUCACAGAGCUGGCAGGCUACACCGCACGGGUCCACAACAUGUUUGUGGUGUUUGAGGACGUCCAAAAGGGUGUUUACAAGCGCUCCUCUGUGUCAGCCGCAACAGGAGCAGAGAAGAAGAGCAAGCCUGAGAUGCACAUAGAUGGACCUCUGGAGAUAAAGGGCGAAGUGAUAGAUGUGGACAACGGCAUCGUGUGUGAGAAUGUCCCAAUUAUUACGCCAAAUGGGGAUGUCGUAGUGUCUUGCCUGAACCUCAAGGUGGAAGAGGGCAUGCACCUAUUGAUCACGGGGCCUAACGGCUGUGGGAAAAGCUCUCUGUUCAGGAUCCUCAGCGGCUUGUGGCCUGUCUACGGCGGCCGCUUACACAAACCCUCUCCUCAACAUAUGUUCUACAUCCCUCAGAGGCCAUACAUGUCCAUGGGUUCACUGCGGGACCAAGUGAUCUACCCGGACUCGGUGGAGGACAUGGCGGCCAGAGGCCUCAGUGACAAGGACAUAGACACCAUCUUGGACAUAGUCAACCUCAAUCAUAUUGUCACCAGAGAGGGAGGCUGGGAUGCUGAGCUGGACUGGAAGGACGUGCUGUCAGGAGGCGAGAAGCAGAGGAUGGGCAUGGCUCGGAUGUUCUACCACAAGCCGAAAUAUGCGCUGUUGGAUGAGUGCACCAGCGCUGUGAGCAUUGACGUGGAGGGGAAGAUUUUCCAGGCUGCUAAGGAUGCUGGCAUCUCUCUGCUCUCCAUCACACACCGACCCUCCCUGUGGAAGUACCACACCCACCUGCUGCAGUUCGAUGGCGAGGGAGGCUGGCGCUUCGAGCAUCUGGACACGGCGACGCGCCUCUCCCUCACCGAGGAGAAACAGCGGCUGGAGGGCCAGCUCGCCGGCAUUCCCGAGAUGCAGCAUCGCCUCAACGAGCUCUGCAAGAUCCUGGGAGACGACUCUGUACUCAAAACAGCCGAGGAGUGAGAGAGAGAGAGAGAGAGAGAGAGAGAGA